AUGCCUUCUACCAUGCUGGGCUGGGAGGGGCCGCUGCUGCUGCCGCGGCUCUGCCGCCUCGCCAGCACCGGGCUGCCAGCGCAAGCGCUGCUUCCGGAGCGGGUGAAAGGGGAGGCGGCAGACCCGCAGCCCAAGGCUGCGCGGGAGACCUCGGCGAGAAGCCGGCUGGCGUACCUGCUGACCAAAAAGCCCGGGGAGGCCCUGGUGGGGCAGCCCUGCCCUCCGAGCGGAACGGCGGAGAAGCCGGAGACCCCGAAGAAGGCGGAACUGGAGGAGGAACGGCUCACGCCUUCGGAGCCGGCACCGCUUCCGGCUUCCGCGCCGACACACGGAAGCGACGGCAGCGGCGGAAGCGGCGGAAGUGGCGCGGCCCUGUGCGAGUGCGGCAGCCCGGCGGAGAUGGGCCGAGUCUUCGCCGAGCAGAACUUCCGGAGAUAUUGCCAGAGGUGCUGGGAGAGUUGGGAGAAGUGCGGGCGCUGGUGGCCAGCCAUCCGGGUGUCCACUUGCCCUCCGCGACAGACGGGCCAGGGCGCUCAGUUCAGCGCGGAGGACGCCUUCGUCCUCCCGGGGUUUCUCUGCGAUCAGGAGGACGGGUCGCUGCUGGCGGCCUUGCAAGCGGAGCUGCAGCGUGAGGGCAAGGCCCUGUCUGAUUGGCACGGCAGCCGGCACCUGGGGCUCCAGUUCGAGUCGGGACUGCCCAAGGCGGAGGACGACCUUGCGGGCCCAGCUGGUGCGGAAGCUGGAGCAGGCCUUCGGCAUCCGCGCCGCGGCGGUGCGCCUGAACCUCUACCGGGGGAACCAGGAGACUACAAGCCUCUGCACUACGACCGUGGCCGCGACAAUGAGGGGGUGCCACAGCUUACUGUUGGGGCAUCGCUGGGGGGGACCAGGGAGCUGACGCUCAUGCACCUCGGACGGCACGUCAAGUCUGGGGUUACCAUGUCCUUCCCUCAGCGGAAUGGGGACGUCUUCGCCUUCACCCCGGAGCUGAAUGAGGUCUUCAUGCACGGGGUGCCCAGGGUCUUGCCGAAUUCCCCUUCAGCGCAUGAGCCGGCAGACACCGCCCGCAUGUCGCUGAUCGUUUGGGGGCCGCGGGUUGGGGCGUGCCGAGGCAUGGGGAGUUCCUCCAGUGCCUUCUACACCCAGGGCUCUGGAUUCAGGCAGCGGGGGAUCCUCUCGGAGGUGGUGAAGCCGCAUCGCCGCCAGGAGGUGGACUCUUGCCGCCUGGGCCCGGUGGAUUUGGGCACCUGCUCCGGCACCCUGCGGAAGUCUGCGAGCGCCACCAGCUUCAGCCUCUCGGACCGGCUCCGCGCCAAGGCCCAGGAGGCGGAGCCCAAGACCCCGCGGAAGACCAUCCAGGAUGUGGAGCCCAAGGUGAUCGAGGUCUACGCCCACAAGGCCGGAGGCCGUCCCCGCAAGGUGACGGUGGAGCGGCGCCGCAAGUGGUUCGAAGCGCUGGAUGUGGUCGCUCUGCUAGAGGAGCGGAACUGCAACUUCUCGCCCAAUUGGGACAGGGAAUUCUGGCUCCAACUGGACGACUUCAACAACACGGAGUUCGAUAUCCGGACCCCGGAGCAGUGGCUCCAGCUGGGGAAGCAACCUGAUGGUAGCUUCCUGCCACUGCAGGCGAAGGCGAUGCGCUUCCAUGAGACAAAGGGCUCGGUAUGGGAGGACUGCACCGUGGAGGGCCUCAAGGACGGCAAAGGCACCAAAGACUUUCUGGUGCGCUUCCCUGACUUUCCGGACCGGAAUCGCCUGACGGAGUCGCUCGCCGGCGGUGAGCCGUGCGAGCUGGAGCCCGUGGGGCGCCUGCGCAUCGUGUUGCAGGGUGAGGAUCCUGAGGUGUUUGCCGAUCGGAUCCUCUACGCCUUUGAGGCCCUCCAGAAGGCGCGAGCCGACGCGGUUUGCGGCGCGGUUUGCGGGCUUGAGCCGGGGUGA